AUGGAGCUGCCUCCGCUUACCAUGGAGCAGCUCUCGCAGCUAGUGGCCUCCAAUGCUCCACCAUCACAACUCUUCGCAGCCUUAUCGCGGUAUGAGCAAGAAGCAUGUCUCAUGUGGGCACGCAGUGGUAAUCCUGAGGCAGGCAGAGGUGAUCCUGCGCUCUUGGGCCUGUUCUAUUCAAGCUUCUUUUUCGUCCACCUUCUUACCGACCAAGUAUCCGAAGCCCGCGCGUUGACGAAACGAAUGCCAGAACCCCUGCUCCACCACGAUCCUUCACUACAGAAUUGCCUGGCUUUACUUCGAGCGGUAUGGCAGGCUCAGCAUGGCCAGGUUUAUGAGAUCCUCCGAGCGCUACCAUGGCCAGAAGCUUUGCAGCCACUGGUCAAGAGAUUUGAGAGUUUCUUCCAAGAUAAAACCUUGAUCGCAGUGAGCACGUCUUAUGAAGCUAUACGGCUAGCUACAGCAGCGAACUAUCUUGGCCUCGACCCACAGCUUGCCGAACGAGAUGACCCGAAUACAAUCUCAAACUUUACGAAGUUUGGAUGGAUAUGGGACCAGGAAACAAAGUUGCUGCAUCCCAAGCCGAUCGUCGCAACACCACCCACGGGCAAUCAAUCAUCCAAUGGCAUUCGCGAAGCAAUGGCAAUGCUCGGGACUCGUGCCAGUUGA